AGUGCGGUCAGACAGCUAAGCAAGUUCAGCGAAAGAGAAGGCGGCGACUGGAUCAUAACUAAUCUCGGCUCUAUUCUCUCUUCUCUCUUCUUCACAGGGACUAAACCAGUCAACCCCCUCUCUCCUGUGAAUACAUUUUUCUCAUCACUAUCCAGGAAAUCUUGAGGAAACUGCCUGAGAUUUUCUCUGUGUUGGGCUACUUAUAGGGCCUCCUCUUAACCCAUUUUGCUUACCAGUCGGUGUCUUUCAGCGCCUGGCAUUCCUCUUCCUAGUCUCUUUUUGCCUUCAUUCAUGGACCCAUUUCAGAAUGUUUACCCCGAAGACAUUCAAUUCAAUUUCUACUUCCCUGAUGAAAGUUUGGAGUCCCUGCUGUGGGACAAUACCAGUCAGUCCUUUGAUGGGUGGGCCAAAGAAGAGACUUGGACCCAGUUCCUAGACAUUAAUAAGAGUGAGGGAUCGGUUGUAGUGGAGAAAUCACAGGGUGUUCAUACCCAUUCAGAAAUACCAUGUGUUUCUGAGACUUCGGAUGAGAGUGGGAACAACAAACUGUGUGAGGGGGAGAAUGUGGUUGUUGAGAGUAAGAGCAAAAAGAGGAAGAGGAGCAUGGAAAGAGGGCCAAUGUUUGUUUUCAAUACCAGAUCCCCAACUGAUAAACUGGAUGAUGGCUAUAAAUGGAGGAAAUAUGGGAAGAAAACCAUUAAAAGUAGCCCACAUCAGAGGAGCUACUACAUGUGCUCUGAUAGCAAUUGCAUGGUGAAGAAGAGGGUAGAACGGGAUCCCAGAGACCGGGAAGUGGUGAUAACGAGCUAUGAAGGGAAGCAUAAUCAUGAAAGCCCAUGCCCACUGCCGAUCUAUUGCAUUGGGAAACCCUUGAUUGUUCAGCAGUCAGGUUCCAGGCGUUCCAUACUGAUUGUCAAUACUGGGUUAUAAUCUUAGAUCUUUUGACCACCCCAUAAUGACAUUGGCAGUUAACCACAUAGGUCAGUUGAUGUAUUUUCUGUUUCUGCACAGAAAGUUGAGAAAGAAACAAGUUUAGCAGGCUUGAAUAGCCCAAUUCUAGAGGUUUCAAAUUUAACACAUGUAAUGUGUUGCAGCAAUAAAGAUUUUGUAAUAAUUUAUAAUAGAGACUAGUUUCCGUGUUCA